AUUUUUCUGGAUUGAUCUGUUUAAUGGAGAUUUACUGAAAUAUCAUCAGCAAGCGCUGGAGGCUCUUAAAGAAUUUAAAUCCAAAUUUCCAAAGACAUCAAUUAAGGCUGGUACCUCGAUGAUCUUAACGAAACAAAAGGAUGUCAUCGAAAACCCUUGGCUGGCUAAAAGUUUAUUUAUGAGCUAUUUGGCUGCAAACAAUCCCAUUUCCAAGGAGGCAAAAGAAAGUAUUGCCGAGGGAUUUGAAAAGAUACUGGUUAAUGACUAA